AUGGCUAUAACGAACAAGUGGUUGCUAUGGCUGACGCUGUCUGCCAUCGCCGCCGCCUUGCACAGCGAGUCUAGGGUGAACGUGUUCUCUUCCAUGUCCCAGAUGCCUGGAAAAAUAAAAGGUGUGAGUCCCAUCCACAAUGGCCAGGUUUGCAGUACAUGGGGAAACUUCCACUUCAAGACCUUUGAUGGGGACGUGUUCCAGUUGCCCACCACCUGCAACUACGUCCUGACCUCAUCAUGCAGGAGCAGCUACAGCGACUUCAACAUCCAGAUAAGAAGAGAGGAGAUUGCCAGCUAUCCCGUCAUCAAGCACAUCAUGAUGAAGCUGGAAGGUUCAGUGGUGGAGCUCUCAAACGGUUCAGUUGUCGUUGAUGGGAAAGAAGCCAGUUUACCGUUCAGUCACUCAGGAGUGUUUAUUGAAAAAACACCUACCCACAUCAAAAUCAAAGCAAAUUUGGGAUUGUUUGCUACCUGGAAUGAGGAGGACUCUUUUCUGGUGGAGCUAGAAGAGAAAUACAGGAACCAAACGUGUGGUCUCUGUGGAGACUUUAAUGGGAUCCAGCUAUACAACGAGUUCUACAGUCACGAUGUAAAAAUUUCCCCUAUGGAUUUUGCCAACUUCUGGAAAAUGGACGGUCCAACUGAGAGCUGCUCCGACUACUCACAGGAACCAAUAAAGAGCUGCAAGGACAUGAAACCUCUGUGUGAGCAGAUCCUCACGGGGCCAGCCUUCAACAGCUGUCACAGUCUGCUGGACGUUGACGCCUUCACCUCGGCCUGCACCACUGACCUCUGCCAAUGCGGCAACGGCACAGAUGAACGCGCAGACCCUUUCUGCCUGUGUAACACCGUGUCAGAGUUCUCCAGACAGUGCGUCCAUGCUGGUGGAAAGCCCAACAACUGGAGGGCCAAAGAGCUCUGCUGGAAGUCAUGUCCUCUCAAUAUGGAGUACAAGGAGUGUGGCAGUCCCUGUGCUGAUACCUGCUCCAACCCAGAGGCCAGCCACACCUGUGACAACCACUGUGUCGAUGGAUGCUUCUGCCCUGCAGGCAUGGUGCUGGAUGAUUUAAACAAAAAAGGUUGUGUUCAACUGAGCAAGUGCUCCUGCAGCUACAACAACAAAAUCUACGGACCUGGAGAGUCCUACUCCAGUAACUGCAAAAAAUGUGUUUGUGCGAGUGGUGAGUGGACGUGUAAGGAGGAGAACUGCCCAGGAACCUGCUCUGUGGAGGGCGGAGCUCACGUCAACACCUUCGAUGGAAAAGUCUACACCUUCCAUGGGGACUGCUCCUACACUCUGGCUAAGGACUGCAAUGGAACCCAGUUUGUGGUACAGGGAGAACUGGCACAGUGCGGACUGACUGACAGUGAAACCUGCCUCAAGUCUGUUACUCUAGGACUGUCCGGAGCGACAAAUGUGAUCACCAUCCAGCCCAGUGGCAAGGUCUUUGUGAACGGCAUCUACGCUCAGUUACCAUUUUCUGCUGUCGGAAUCUCGGCCUUCAGAGCAUCUUCUUUCUACCUGCUGAUCCAAACUUCUGUGGGCAUUCUGCUGGAAGUGCAGCUCCAGCCAAUCAUGCAGCUCUACAUUAGAGUGGGCAGUGACUACAUGGACAAGACCUGUGGUCUGUGUGGGAACUUCAACAAUAACCAAGCUGAUGACUUCCUGAAGCUCAGUGGUGUUCCAGAAUCCACAGCAGCUGGAUUUGUCAACAGCUGGAAGACACAUGGCAGUUGUAAAGAUAUUAAGAGGAGCUUUGACAACCCCUGCAGUCUUAGUCUGGAAAAUGAGAAAUACGCUGUGUACUGGUGCUCCAUGCUGAGUGAUCCUCAGGGAGUGUUUGCCCCAUGCCACCAAGAGAUCAGUCCUGACUCUUACAAAGAGAACUGCAUGUAUGACAGCUGUAACUGUGAGAAAAGCGAAGAGUGCAUGUGUGCUGCAGUCUCUUCUUAUGUGCAUGCCUGUGCAUCUGCAGGGAUCAAGAUCAAUGGCUGGAGGAAGACCAUCUGUGGGAAAUACGCCAGCUCCUGCCCGAGCAGCAUGGUCUACUCCUACAACAUCACGGCCAGCAGUCGCACCUGCCGCUGCCUCAGCACCACAGAUCUCAGCUGCCACAUCUCCUUCCCCCCCAUUGACGGCUGUAUCUGUGCAGAGGGAACCUACCUGGAUGACUUUGGGAAAUGUGUCCCAUCUAAGGCCUGUCCCUGUUACGACCAAGGCUCGGUGGUGUCUCCUGGAGAGGUGGUCAGCAAGGAUGGAGUCAUGUGCACCUGUAAGAAGGGCAAACUCAGCUGCAUUGGAGAAAUACAAUCAGGAACCUGUGCUCCUCCCAUGGUGUUCUUCAACUGCUCUGCUAAUGGUCCCGCUGCAAAAGGAACUGAGUGUGAGAUGAGCUGCAACACAUUAGACAUGGCCUGUAUGACCACAGGAUGUGUCUCUGGCUGCAUGUGUCCACCUGGGUUGGUAUCUGAUGGUAAAGGACACUGCAUCAAGCCAGAGGCCUGUCUCUGUGAUCACAAUGGGAUCUCCUACCAGCCUGGAGAGACCACCAGGGUGGACUGCAACACCUGCACUUGUAAAGACAGAAAGUGGAUCUGUACAACCGAUCAGUGUGAUGGGACUUGCUCUGUGUAUGGUGCUGGACACUACAUGACCUUCGAUCAGAAGCGCUUCACCUUUGAUGGCAACUGUGAAUACGUUCUCACUCAGGACUACUGUGGAAGCGCUCAGAGUAAUGGAACUUUCAGAGUGAUCACUGAGAAUGUUCCGUGUGGAACCACAGGAACCACCUGCUCUAAGACCAUCAAGAUCUUUCUGGAGAGUGCAGAACUGAUUCUUACAGAAGGAAACUACAGGUUGCUUUCAAGUGGAAAUGAAGAGGCCACUCCAUUCCGUUAUAGCACUAUGGGUAACUACCUCGUAAUUGAAGCCAACAAUGGACUCAUUCUCAUGUGGGACAGGAAAACCACCUUGUUCAUCAAGCUCAGCCCAAAAUAUAAGGGUCGGGUGUGUGGGCUUUGUGGCAGCUAUGACAACAAUGCAAAUAACGACUUCACUACAAGGUGCCAUGCAAUGGUUGUCAGCCCACUGGUGUUUGGCAACAGCUGGAAGGAUUUACCAAGCUGCCCAGAUGCUCCGAGUAUUAACAGCCCCUGCACAGACAACCCAUACAGACAGUCGUGGGCCAAGAAACAGUGCAGCAUCAUACAGAGUGACGUCUUCUCCACCUGCCAUUCUAUUGUGGAUCCUACACCAUACUAUGAAGCAUGUGUAUUCGACUCAUGUGCUUGUGACACUGGUGGAGACUGCGAGUGUUUCUGCACUGCUGUGGCUGCGUAUGCUGAAUCGUGUAAUCAAGCUGGUGUCUGUCUACGAUGGAGAACCCCUAAAAUCUGCCCUCUCUUCUGUGAUUACUACAAUCCCCCUGGUGAAUGUGAAUGGCACUAUAUGCCUUGUGGUUCUCCUUGUAUGAAAACCUGCCGGAACCCUUCAGGCAGCUGCUCCACACAGAUACCUCCUCUUGAAGGUUGCUAUCCCAAGUGUCCCACUGCUCAGCCAUACUUUGAUGAGGAUACAAUGACGUGUGUCGUAAAAGAACAAUGUGGUUGCUAUGAUAAAGAGGGGAAACACUAUGAUAACGGUGACAAAGUUCCAACAACCAAAAACUGUUAUACAUGUACAUGCAGUUCAAUGACCAUCAUAUGUCGAUACGAUACUGAAGCCUGUAGUUGCACAUAUCAUGGAAACAAAUAUCCCUUUGGCAAAACAAUCUAUAACACAACAGAUGGACAUGGUAACUGCAUGACAGCAGUAUGUGGUACAAAUGGCACCAUUGACAAGGAGUCUUACCCAUGCCCAGUACCAGCCAUAACUACACAAUUGCCCACUGUGACUUCAACUACAAUUAGUCAGUCUCCAACCACAUUUGUUUUUACAUCAACCACACCAGUUACAGUCACUUGUAAUCCUUGUGUAUGGUCGCCAUGGUAUGAUUCCAGCUUCCCCACACUGGGAACUCCAGGAGGAGACGACGAAACUUAUGAAAAGAUUAGAAGGGCUGGAAACAAGAUAUGUGAUAAGCCAAGUCAAAUCGAAUGCAGAGCUGAGAAAUUUCCUAAUGUCCCAAUUAACAAUGUGGGACAGAUUGUGGAAUGUAAUAUAGCUAAGGGGCUGAUGUGUAGAAAUGAAGACCAGUCUGGGCCAUUGGCCCUGUGCUUUAACUACCAAGUCAGAGUUCUGUGUUGUGAUUAUAGUGUAUGUCCAACAAAGCCUGCUCCACAUCCAACCUCAACCGAAAAUCCCACAACAAAACAUGUUACAGGGGAACCUUGUCAGGAAACAUGCUUCUGGUCAAAAUGGAUAAGCUCGGACUAUCCUGAUCAUGGUCCACAGGGUGGGGACAAUGAAACCAUCAAGCACAUCAUCAAGAAGGGAUACAACAUCUGUGAGAAUCCAGUGGAAGUGGAGUGUCGGGUAUUUCACUAUGAAUCAAUGCCCCUUGAGCAAUUAGGGCAAAAUGUAACUUGCAAUAACAAAGUAGGACUCCUGUGUAAGAACAGCUUACAGUAUCCCCCCAUAUGUUUAAAUUAUGAAAUAAAAGUAAAAUGUUGCAAGACAGUACAAUGCGACACAACGCUGAAUCCAACAAGUACUAUGUUCCAAACCUUACCAACUGUAGCAUCAACUACUACAACUAAAAUGCCCCUAAAAACAACUAAAAAAACUACAACUCAUCCACCUAUAACUAAUACUUUAAGAACAACACCUACUACCAAAACUGAAACCACAACAACCGAGAAACCUACAACCUCUACUAAAUCCACCCCUACUACUACAACUGAAACCACAACUCAGCCAAAAACAACUACUACUACGACCACCAACCCUACCACUACAACUAAAACAACAACUCAGCCAAAAACAACUACUACUACGACCACCAACCCUACUACUACGACUGAAACAACAACUCAGCCAAAAACAAGACCAUGCCCUGGGGGACAUGAUUUGAAAUGUGGUUGGUCAAAGUGGAUCAAUCUUGGUGAGCCCACACCAGGCCCUAGUGGUGGGGAUGAUGAAUCCAUCCAGAAAAUAAUCUCUGCUGGUUAUCACAUUUGCUCAGCUCCAGAAGAAGUCCAGUGCAGAGCCAUUAUUUACCCACAUCUUGCCAUCUCCAAUGUUGGGCAGGCUGUGACUUGCAAUAAGAGUGUGGGUCUUAUAUGCAACAACAAACAACAAGGACUUCAGCAAGAGUGUUUUGAUUAUGAGAUUAAAUUCAAAUGUUGUGAGUGUCAAACAUCUUCUACUGUCAAACCAAGUACUAUACCGGCUACUACUUCAACCACAACACCUACUACCACAACUGCGACAACAACUCACUCACCAACAACUACUACUGCAACCACAACCCCUACUACCACCACUGAAACGACAACAACAACUCAGCACCUACAGCUGGACCAUGCCCUGGGGGACAUGAUAUGGAAUGUGGUUGGUCAAAGUGGAUCAAUCUUGGCUGUGACUUGCAAUAAGAAAGUGGGUCUUAUAUGCAAUAACAAACAACAAGGACUUCAGCAAGAGUGUUUUGAUUAUGAGAUUAAAUUCAAAUGUUGUGACUGUCCAACAUCUUCUACUGUCAAACCAAGUACUAUACCUGCUACUACUUCAACCACAACACCUACUACCACAACUGCGACAACGACUCACUCACCAACAACUACUACUACAACCACAACACCUACUACCACUACUGAAAUGACAACAGCAACACAGCCACAAACAACUACUUCAACCACAACAGAAACAACUACCACCACCCAGGCACCUACAACUGGACCAUGCCCUGGGGGACAUGAUAUGAAAUGUGUUUGGUCAAAGUGGAUAAAUCUUGGUGAGCCCACACCAGGCCCUAGUGGUGGGGAUGAUGAAUCCAUCCAGAAAAUAAUCUCUGCUGGUUAUCACAUUUGCUCAGCUCCAGAAGAAGUCCAGUGCAGAGCCAUUAUUUACCCACAUCUUGCCAUCUCCAAUGUGGGACAGGCUGUGACUUGCAAUAAGAAUGUGGGUCUUAUAUGCAACAACAAACAACAAGGACUUCAGCAAGAGUGUUUUGAUUAUGAGAUUAAAUUCAAAUGUUGUGACUGUCCAACAUCUUCUACUGUCAAACCAAGUACUAUACCUGCUACUACUUCCACCACAACACCUACUACCACAACUGCGACAACAACUCACUCACCAACAACUACUACUACAACCACAACCCCUACUACCACAACUGAAACAACAACAGCAACACAGCCACAAACAACUACUUCAACCACCACAGAAACAACUACCACCACCCUGGCACCUACAACUGGACCAUGCCCUGGGGGACAUGAUAUAAAAUGUGUUUGGUCAAAGUGGAUCAAUCUUGGUGAGCCCACAUCAGGCCCUAGUGGUGGGGAUGAUGAAUCCAUCCAGAAAAUAAUCUCUGCUGGUUAUCACAUUUGCUCAGCUCCAGAAGAAGUCCAGUGCAGAGCCAUUAUUUACCAACAUCUUGCCAUCUCCAAUGUGGGACAGGCUGUAACUUGCAAUAAGAGUGUGGGUCUUAUAUGCAACAACAAACAACAAGGACUUCAGCAAGAGUGUUUUGAUUAUGAGAUUAAAUUCAAAUGUUGUGACUGUCCAACAUCUUCUACUGUCAAACCAAGUACUAUACCUGCUACUACUUCCACCACAACACCUACUACCACAACUGCGACAACAACUCACUCACCAACAACUACUACUACAACCACAACCCCUACUACCACCACUGAAACGACAACAACAACUAAGCCACAAACAACUACUUCAACCACAACAGAAACAACUACCACCACCCAGGCACCUACAGCUGGAUCAUGCCCUGGGGGACAUGAAAUGGAAUGUGGUUGGUCAAAGUGGAUCAAUCUUGGUGAGCCCACAUCAGGCCCUAGUGGUGGGGAUGAUGAAUCCAUCCAGAAAGUAAUCUCUGCUGGUUAUCACAUUUGCUCAGCUCCAGAAGAAGUCCAGUGCCGGGCCAUUAUUUACCCACAUCUUGACAUAUCUAAUGUGGGACAGGCUGUGACUUGCAAUAAGAAUGUGGGUCUUAUAUGCAAUAACAAACAACAAGGACUUCAGCAAGAGUGUUUUGAUUAUGUGAUUAAAUUCAAAUGUUGUGAGUGUCCAACAUCUUCUACUGUCCACCCAAGUACUAUACCUGCUACUACUUCAACCACAACACCUAUUACCACAACUGCGCCAACGACUCACUCACCAACAACUACUACUACAACCACAACCCCUACUACCAUCACUGAAACAACAACAACAACUCAGCCACAAAUAACUACUUCAACCACAACAGAAACAACUACCACCACCCAGGUACCUACAUGUCCAAAAUCUUCUACUGUCAAACCAAGUACCAUACCUGCUACUACAUCAACCACAACACCUACUACCACAACAGCGACAACGACUCACUCACCAACAAUUACUAUUACAACCACAACCCCUACUACCACCACUGAAACGACAACAAAAACUCAGCCACAAACAACUACUUCAACCACAACAGAAACAACUACCACCACCCUGGCACCUACAGCUGGACCAUGCCCUGGGGGACAUGAUAUGGAAUGUGGUUGGUCAAAGUGGAUCAAUCUUGGUGGGCCCACACCAGGCCCUAGUGGUGGGGAUGAUGAAUCCAUCCAGAAAAUAAUCUCUGCUGGUUAUCACAUUUGCUCAGCUCCAGAAGAAGUCCAGUGUCGAGCCAUUAUUUACCCACAUCUUGCCAUCUCCAAUGUGGGACAGGCUGUGACUUGCAAUAAGAAUGUGGGUCUUAUAUGUAACAACAAACAACAAGGACUUCAGCAAGAGUGUUUUGAUUAUGAGAUUAAAUUCAAAUGUUGUGAGUGUCCAACAUCUUCUACUUUCAAACCAAGUACUAUACCUGCUACUACUUCAACCACAACACCUACUACCACAACUGCGACAACAACUCACUCACCAACAACUACUACUACAACCACAAUCCCUACUACCACUACUGAAACGACAACAGCAACACAGCCACAAAUAACUACUUCAACCACAACAGAAACAACUCCCACCACCCAGGCACCUACAUGUCCAACAUCUUCUACUGUCAAACCAAGUACUAUACCUGCUACUACUUCAACCACAACACCUACUUCCACAACUGCGACAACGACUCACUCACCAACAACUACUACUACAACCACAACCCCUACUACCACCACUGAAAUGACAACAACAACUCAGCCACAAACAACUACUUCAACCACAACAGAAACAACUACCACCACCCAGGCACCUACAGCUGGACCAUGCCCUGGGGGACAUGAUAUGGAAUGCGGUUGGUCAAAGUGGAUCAAUCUUGGUGGGCCCACACCAGGCCCUAGUGGUGGGGAUGAUGAAUCCAUCCAGAAAGUAAUCUCUGCUGGUUAUCACAUUUGCUCAGCUCCAGAAGAAGUCCAGUGCCGGGCCAUUAUUUACCCACAUCUUGACAUAUCUAAUGUGGGACAGGCUGUGAUUUGCAAUAAGAAUGUGGGUCUUAUAUGCAAUAACAAACAACAAGGACUUCAGCAAGAGUGUUUUGAUUAUGAGAUUAAAUUCAAAUGUUGUGAGUGUCCAACAUCUUCUACUGUCAAACCAAGUACUAUACCUGCUACUACUUCAACCACAACACUUAUUACCAUAACUGCGCCAACGACUCACUCACCAACAACUACUACUACAACCACAACCCCUACUACCAUCACUGAAACAACAACAAAAACUCAGCCACAAAUAACUACUUCAACCACAACAGAAACAACUACCACCACCCAGGCACCUACAUGUCCAACAUCUUCUACUUUCAAACCAAGUACUAUACCUGCUACUACUUCAACCACAACACCUACUACCACAACUGCGACAACAACUCACUCACCAACAACUACUACUACAACCACAAUCCCUACUACCACUACUGAAACGACAACAGCAACACAGCCACAAAUAACUACUUCAACCACAACAGAAACAACUACCACCACCCUGGCACCUACAGCUGGACCAUGCCCUGGGGGACAUGAUAUGGAAUGUGGUUGGUCAAAGUGGAUCAAUCUUGGUGGGCCCACACCAGGCCCUAGUGGUGGGGAUGAUGAAUCCAUCCAGAAAAUAAUCUCUGCUGGUUAUCACAUUUGCUCAGCUCCAGAAGAAGUCCAGUGCCGAGCCAUUAUUUACCCACAUCUUGCCAUCUCCAAUGUGGGACAGGCUGUGACUUGCAAUAAGAAUGUGGGUCUUAUAUGUAACAACAAACAACAAGGACUUCAGCAAGAGUGUUUUGAUUAUGAGAUUAAAUUCAAAUGUUGUGAGUGUCCAACAUCUUCUACUUUCAAACCAAGUACUAUACCUGCUACUACUUCAACCAAAACACCUACUACCACAACAGCGACAACGACUCACUCACCAACAAUUACUAUUACAACCACAACCCCUACUACCACCACUGAAACAACGACAAAAACUCAGCCACAAACAACUACUUCAACCACAACAGAAACAACUACCACCACCCUGUGUCCAACAUCUUCUACUGUCAAACCAAGUACUAUACCUGCUACUACUUCAACCACAACACCUACUACCACAACUGCGACAAUGACUCACUCACCAACAACUACUACUACAACCACAACCCCUACUACCACCACUGAAACGACAACAACAACUCAGCCACAAACAACUACUUCAACCACAACAGAAACAACUACCACCACCCAGGCACCUACAGCUGGACCAUGCCCUGGGGGACAUGAUAUGGAAUGUGGUUGGUCAAAGUGGAUCAAUCUUGGUGGGCCCACACCAGGCCCUAGUGGUGGGGAUGAUGAAUCCAUCCAGAAAGUUAUCUCUGCUGGUUAUCACAUUUGCUCAGCUCCAGAAGAAGUCCAGUGCCGGGCCAUUAUUUACCCACAUCUUGACAUAUCUAAUGUGGGACAGGCUUUGACUUGCAAUAAGAAUGUGGGUCUUAUAUGCAAUAACAAACAACAAGGACUUCAGCAAGAGUGUUUUGAUUAUGAGAUUAAAUUCAAAUGUUGUGAGUGUCCAACAUCUUCUACUGUCAAACCAAGUACUAUACCUGCUACUACUUCAACCACAACACCUACUACCACAACUGCGACAACGACUCACUCACCAACAACUACUACUACAACCACAACCCCUUCUACCAUCACUGAAACAACAACAAAAACUCAGCCACAAAUAACUACUUCAACCACAACAGAAACAACUACCACCACCCAGGCACCUACAUGUCCAACAUCUUCUACUUUCAAACCAAGUACUAUACCUGCUACUACUUCAACCACAACACCUACUACCACAACUGCGACAACAACUCACUCACCAACAACUACUACUACAACCACAAUCCCUACUACCACUACUGAAACGACAACAGCAACACAGCCACAAAUAACUACUUCAACCACAACAGAAACAACUACCACCACCCUGGCACCUACAGCUGGACCAUGCCCUGGGGGACAUGAUAUGGAAUGUGGUUGGUCAAAGUGGAUCAAUCUUGAGGGGCCCACACCAGGCCCUAGUGGUGGGGAUGAUGAAUCCAUCCAGAAAAUAAUCUCUGCUGGUUAUCACAUUUGCUCAGCUCCAGAAGAAGUCCAGUGCCGAGCCAUUAUUUACCCACAUCUUGCCAUCUCCAAUGUGGGACAGGCUGUGACUUGCAAUAAGAAUGUGGGUCUUAUAUGUAACAACAAACAACAAGGACUUCAGCAAGAGUGUUUUGAUUAUGAGAUUAAAUUCAAAUGUUGUGAGUGUCCAACAUCUUCUACUUUCAAACCAAGUACUAUACCUGCUACUACUUCAACCACAACACCUACUACCACAACAGCGACAACGACUCACUCACCAACAAUUACUAUUACAACCACAACCCCUACUACCACCACUGAAACAACGACAAAAACUCAGCCACAAACAACUACUUCAACCACAACAGAAACAACUACCACCACCCUGGCACCUACAUGUCCAACAUCUUCUACUGUCAAACCAAGUACUAUACCUCCUACUACUUCAACCACAACACCUACUACCACAACAGCGACAACGACUCAUUCACCAACAACUACUAUUACAACCACAACCCCUACUACCGCCACUGAAACGACGACAAAAACUCAGCCACAAACAACUACUUCAACCACAACAGAAACAACUACCACCACCCAGGCACCUACAGCUGGACCAUGCCCUGGGGGACAUGAUAUGGAAUGUGGUUGGUCAAAGUGGAUCAAUCUUGGUGAGCCCACACCAGGCCCUAGUGGUGGGGAUGAUGAAUCCAUCCAAAAAAUAAUCUCUGCUGGUUAUCACAUUUGCUCAGCUCCAGAAGAAGUCCAGUGCCGAGCUAUUAUUUACCCACAUCUUGCCAUCUCCAAUGUGGGACAGGCUGUGACUUGCAAUAAGAAAGUGGGUCUUUUAUGCAAUAACAAACAACAAGGACUUCAGCAAGAGUGUUUUGAUUAUGAGAUUAAAUUAAAAUGUUGUGAGUGUCCAACAUCUUCUACUGUCAAACCAAGUACUAUACCUGCUACUACUUCAACCACAACACCUACUACCACAACUGCGACAACAACUCACUCACCAACAACUACUACUACGACCACAACAGAAACAACUACCACCACCCAGGCACCUACAACAGGACCUACUUCAGAAACACCUACUCCAAUUGCGUUGACAGGAAGAACUCAACCAGUUACACUACCAGUUACACUGCCACUGAUUUGCCAUUGCUUUCAUAAUGGUAAAAAGUUCAGCAUAGGUUCUAUAGUCUACAAUGAGACAGACCAUGAUGGCUACUGUUACCUGGGGUACUGCGAUGAGAACUGUCAUGUAGUGCAGAAACAUUACAAGUGUGAUCCAUCACCGAAUUGCAAUGACGAAACUCCGCCAAGACAGAAUGGUGAAACUUGGAACGGCAAGAACUGUAGUGUAGGAAUAUGUAAUAAUGGCUCUGUGACCUAUCAACACAUACAAUGUCCAACUCCGGAGCCUCUAGUAUGUGCAAAUACCUUCCCUGCUAUCAAAGUGAAGGAUGAUGAUGAAUGUUGCCCCCACUACGAAUGCCAAUGUAUGUGCUAUGGUUGGGGAGACCCCCAUUAUGUCACCUUCGAUGGAACAUACUAUGCUUUUCAAGGCAACUGCUCCUACUGGCUGGUGAAAGAGAUCCUGCCUAAAUACAACUUUAGUGUUAUGAUCGAUAACGUCUACUGUGAUUCACUUGAUGGCUUGUCCUGUCCUCAAUCCAUCACAGUCUUCUACAAAAGCUUCAAGAUCUUUAUUACACAGAAGGAUAUUAAGGGCAUUUUCACAAACCAGAUUUCUGUGAAUGACAAGCCUGUAAGUCGUGCAUAUCAGAAUGAUGACUUCCGCGUAGCCACCACCGGUAUUGAGACAGUGCUCAUCAUCCCGAAAAUUCAUGCCAAGGUCACCUUCUCUGGCCUCAUAUUCAGCAUCUCCCUGCCCUACAGUGAAUUUGGUGGCAACACUCAAGGACAAUGUGGCACAUGUGACAACAACCGGACAGAUGACUGCAUGUUGCCCAGUGGGAAAAUCGAUCCUUCGUGUCCUCAUAUGGCGCACAAUUGGCACAGUAACAACAGUCACUGUGCACCUCCAGUUCAGCCCCUACCCACACCAACGCCAAUUACCUGUAAUACCACCAUCUGUGAGAUAAUCAAGAGCAGUGUGUUUGAAGCUUGCCACAAGAUCCUUGACUACAUGCCAUUUGUUGAGGGCUGUGAAUUUGAUGUUUGCCACAUGCACAUUCAUCACAUUGGUUGCAGUAGCUUAAAAGCCUACGCUGAAGCCUGUGCCGAUGCUGGACUAUGUAUCGACUGGAGGAGUGCCACGAAAGGACUCUGUGAAUAUAAAUGUCCAAGUCUCAAAGUGUAUAAGGCCUGCGGCCCUCUUAUAGAGCCUACCUGUGAUUCCUGGUACAACCAGAAAUUCAUUGAUACUGCCGAUGAGUUCAGUGCCAUGACAGACGUGAAGCCGGAGGGUUGUUACUGCUCAAAUGGCAGCAUACUCCUCUCCUCCAACUCUAAUGAAUGUGUGCCAAGCUGUGAAAUUUGUCGGCUGCCAAAUAAAAAAUGGGUGAAGGCCAAUGCAACAUGGAUAGAAGGCUGUGAUGAGUGUAUAUGUGAAGAGGACACCAUGCAGGUCACCUGCCGAAAUGUGUCCUGUCCAACCCAGCCACCACUUACCUGUGCCCAAGAAGGUCAGGUCAAGGUCACUGACACUACCGGUUGCUGUCAGAAGGAGAAAUGCGAGUGUGAUGUGAGGCUCUGCCCUGAUUCUGUGCCGUCUUGUCCUGCUGGUCACAUUCUCGAAACCGUUAAGGGAGUCUGCUGUGUCCAAUACUCCUGCAGGAUUAAACCUAAUGUGUGUGUUGUCAACAACCAAGAAUAUGAGGUUGGAGGACCAGUGCUCAUGAACCCAUGUGAUAACUGCACCUGUAGUGACCAGAUAGACCCCAGCAGCCGUCUGCACUUGAUAAUAUGUCAGCCUCUACCAUGUGACAAUCACUGCCCUCUGGGUUAUGAGUACCAGAGCGUCUCUGGCCGGUGCUGUGGAAAGUGUGUCCAAACAGGCUGCAUUGUGACGCUGUCGAACAAUGAAACACACAUCUUAAAGCCUGGAACCACUUGGAUCCCCGAUGAGAACCCCUGUGUGAAGUUUGAGUGUGUAAAGAUCGGUAAUCAGUUCAUCACCGUUGAGGCCAGGACCGUGUGUCCUUCCUACGAUCCCAAUGAAUGCAUACCGGGAACAGAGACCAUAGCUUCAGAUGGAUGCUGUCAUGUCUGUGUGAAGAAGGUUCGUCCAUGCAACGUGUCCACCACUGCUGUGCGGCUGGAGAGCAAGGGCUGUCAGUCCAAACACAUGGUGAAUGUCACAUCGUGCAGUGGAGCGUGUGGUACCUCCAGCUUCUACUCCACCAAAAUGAGCUCCUUGCAACACAUGUGUUCCUGCUGCCAGGAGUUGGCUACGUCUGAGAGGCAGGUCCAGCUCUUCUGCCGUGACAAAUCGGAGGUCACCUACAGCUACAUCCACAUUGACACCUGUGGGUGCCUCCAGACAGACUGCUCUGUGCUCGGCCGCAGUGAAAUGACGAACACUCCCUCCAGCACCAAGUCCCGUCGACGCAGGAGAUGAGGCAAAUAUGAGGACUCAGCCCCUUGUAGUGCUCAUGAAUACGUAGGAGCGUGAAUGAACAAUCAGCUUUAUCUGCAUACCUGAUUUCUCUAUUUAUGUUUUAUGCAUUAGCAUACUAAGCUUAUGUUUGACAAAAUCGUAA